AUGACCACUGCCAACUCUACCUUCAACCAUCAGCUGAAACUUGAGGUCUCCAACCAAACAACUCUACAUCACCGAAUGCAAGACAAUGAUGCCUUCCCGUCGACUGAUCUCGUCCGUCCUCCCCCACUCGAUGAACCGAUUGGAGUCCUCGUCUUGGCAAAAUACAAGCUCCGGUCCAGUUCUCUUCAAGGAAUCAUUGAGUGGCUUUGCAAGGGAAUAGUUCAGUGUUACCGCGUUAUCCUUCUUGCACUCUAUGAAGCCACAAAGAAAGUCAUUCUCCAGCUCAAGCUCAUACUUGUGGACGUGGCCUUUGGACAAGAGUAG